AUGAAAAUUCAUGUAAAAAUUUUGACGGGAAACUCGACUGAAAUUGAAAUUAAACCUUCUGAAAAAAUUUUAAAGAUAAAACAAUCUAUUGAACGACUUAAAGGAAUCCCUACAAAUUCUCAAAGAAUUUAUUUCUUUGGAGAAAUUCUUGAUGACAACAAUACAAUUGCUGAUUAUGACAUUCAAAAUGGAUCCUCUAUUCAUUUAAAAUAUUUGCUUCGCGAAAAUAUGCAAAUUAAUGUGGAAAUUAAUUAUGAAGCUGAAUCUGUAAAUACUAAAUUUGUAAAGAUUGGAGUUAAACCAACAGAUAAAAUUUGGAGUUAUUCGCAUUCAGGAAUUUGA